GCACCAUAACCAGACUAUAACAACUCAUCCGAUUAUCAUCUUCAUCAUAACCAUCGCUCUGCUGUAUUUCUGCUCUCAUCACCGGCUUAUUUUACAUUUCAGAUCAGCUGUUUCAAAAGCUGACAAUAUAAAUUAAACCAAGAGUUAUCCGCUUUCUGUCUGUCUGACAGCUUUAACCGGACAUAUCGAGAAACUGAAAUCAAACAUCACCUGUUCCCUCACAGGACAAUCAUCCACAGCGACAAAUGUGUCAGCUGUGAUAUGGGGAACGUUUAGAGAUGGAGAAGAAGAUAAAUUGUGGUGCGGAGGAUUGUUCUGGAGAGAGGGGACUUCUCCACACCUGGAGGGGGUAUUCUUACAGCACCACACCAGAGAGGCUGCUGAUCUCCCGGCCGGUGCUCCAGGCCGCCCUGGGAGCUAGACAUGGCGUUCUGCUAGUAGAGGGGGGACAAGUCUAUAGCUUUGGCGAGCUGUCGUGGAAACAGAACCAGACUUCAUCAGCAGUGACUGAGCCUGUUUUGGAGGCGGUUCUUAGCGAACAACGUGUUGUUUUUGUGGCUGCUGGCUCCGCCCACAGUGGAGUCGUGACAGAAGAUGGAAGAGUGCACAUGUGGGGAGAAAAUGCUCAUGGCCAGUGUGGCCUAUCAGGACUCUCUGUUAUCCCUAACCCCACCCCUGUGGGUGUGCUCGACUCUGUGGCCACACCCCCUCAGACGGUGAAGAUCCUGGAGGUGGCGUGUGGGGAUCAGCAUACUCUGGCUCUUUCAGCCAAACAUGAAGUCUGGGCUUGGGGAAGCGGGUGCCAGCUGGGCCUGAACACUUCAACGUUUCCUGUCUGGAAGCCCCAGAAGGUAGAGCACCUUGCGGGAAGGCAUGCAUUGCAGGUGGCCUGUGGAGCUGCUCACAGCCUGGUUCUGGUGCGCUGUCUUCCCCCUCCACAAGAGCCUCGGAAACAAGACAAGUGCGCUCAGUGCCAUCAGCUGCUGUACACUAUGACAGACAAAGAGGACCACGUUAUUAUCUCUGACGGCCAUCACUGUCCACUUGGUGUUGAGGUAGACAGCGGUGAGGAGAGGUCUGCAUUAGAGGGCAGCCUAGAUCAGAGCUCCCCUAAAGAUCCUGGCCCAUCCAUGCCAGCUCAGAUCCCAAAAUCAUCCACCUCCAGCACCAACCCUGAAUUUCCUCCUCCUCCUGUGAGCACACCUGGCUCAGAACCCCAAAAUCAGGUUCCUGCAUCUAGCCAAGAAUGUGUAGAACCAGCCAUAGGAGACUCGUCGGAGCUUGAGGCUCCAGCCACAAAUGGAGAGGUUUGUGUCGAAGCCUCAGAGUCGGACAGCUGUAGAGCCACAGGGGGGAAGUCCUCACCAUAUCCCGAUGAGCAGGCAGUGAAGGCCUACCUUAAGAGACUUUCUGAUCAUGCCCUGGCAGAGCACACCACCAAGACUCCCAGCACGUCUCAUUCUGCUCAGCUCUCCAGUGACCAUGCUGAUUGUUUCACCUCUGACCCCUUGAUCAUCCCGGUCGCCCAGUCUGUGACUCCAAAGGGCUCUGCGUUAAACAGCUUGAUGGUGUCCUGUGCCUCUGCAGUGGGAGAACGUGUAGUGUCCACAUACGAAGCUCUCUCUCUGAGAAAAGUUAUUGGUUACUGGGUUCCAGGAGAGGGCCGCGAUCGAGUAGAGGAGAGACUGCGUCAGGAGGAGCCCAUGCAGGGGAAGAAAAGCUCCAGCCUGGGGGACAUCCGAGAGGAGGAGGCGGAGCUCAGCCGUCGCCUGUCCCUGCCUGGCCUGCUCUCUCAGGUGUCUCCGCGUCUUUUGCGGCGAACGAGCCGCUCCCGUGCACAGGCCGUCCCGCUCGCUCCAGGAGGCAUUCCUGAAGCCGAUGCCCACCUGCUUUCUUUGCAGACAGAAGUGUGGAGCUGGGGACGUGGCCAGGAAGGGCAACUUGGACAUGGAGACCUCCUUUCCAGACCGCUGCCUGUCUGUGUAAAGAGUCUGAAUGGUAAAGAGGUGUUGAAGGUGGCUGCAGGUGCUCUUCACUCUCUCGCUCUGACCGCCCAGUCACAGGUGUUCUCAUGGGGCUGCAACACUUCUGGACAGCUGGGACACAUGGAAUCCCCCACCACCCUUCCAAACUUAGCCAAGCUGUCAGAUGGGAUUCGUGUGUGGGAUAUUGGGGCGGGGCAGCAGCACACUCUCUUAUUGGCUGAUGGAGAUUGUAUCCAGCCAAUCCUGUACUACAGUGGGCAGCAGGUGAAAGAAGUGAUGGAGCAAACUGAGGAAGACGAGCGGACAGGAGAGUACACACAGCAACCGGUGCUGCUGCCCUUUUGUAUGAAUUUGGGCUAUGUGAGCAGUGUGUGCACAGGAGGACAGACAUGUGCGGCGCUGACGGAUCGUAAUGUAAUGGGUUUUAUUGCCAGUCUGCAUGAGCUGGCGGCCGCAGAGAGAAAAUAUUACUGCAAACUCAGCAAUAUCAAUAGUCUUCUGCUCCAGCCACUGCUUAAGCUGGAUUCCCUAAGCUCCUCCCUCGGUCAGUCCUCUGCAGGGCUUCUGCAGAAUCUGAUUGGACGAUUGGGCCGGCUGUCUCAGCUCACGGGUCAAAACUCGGCCUCUCUAACCUCCGUCCUGCGGCGUUCACGUGAUAUCCGUGGCCUUGUUAUUAUUGAUGAUGCACAACUGUUCCUCGACACAUAUUCAGAGUACUGCUCUGUAGUUGGUGAUCUCUUAGUCAUGGGAGGAUUUCAAGCCCUUGUCAAACCUUGUCACGAUGUGUUUGGCAAAGGGGCCGAGCUUGUUCAGAAGUUAUCUGACUGUUGUGAAGAGGGUUUGCCCUUAGCGGAUAUUCUGGCGCAUCUCUUUUACCUGCCCAUAAAACACCUGCAUGAAUAUGGACGGCUGCUGCUCAAACUGGCUACCUGCUACGAGGUGAGUUCUGUGGAUUAUCAGAAGCUUCAAGAUGCCUGCUCAAAAUAUGAAUCCAUGGAUCUUCAUCUGAAGAGGAGGAGGAAGGAUGCCGAGUACACUCUCCACUUCUGGAAGAGCUUUCCUGGAAAGAUGAGCGACUCUCUUCGUAAACCGUCUCGGCGGCUGAUCUGUGAGAGCAGUAAUAAGGCUUUGACCCUUCAGAACGCAGGCCGUUUUUCUGUCAACUGGUUCAUCCUUUUCAACGAUGCCCUGGUUCAUGCACAGGGCAUGGUCCCCUAUAAGAGUCUUUUUUCCACUCAUCACGUCUUCCCAUUGGCUACAUUGUGGGCGGAGCCUAUUUCUGAGGAGAACACAGGCCUAUUUGGUUUAAAGGUGACUUCACCUGAAGAGAGCUUCACUCUGCUGGCUUCGUCCCCAGCUGAGAAGGCAAAGUGGCUGUGUUCUAUAAAGCAAGCAGUGGAGCAGGCACUCGGUGGACUGGGGCAUGAUGGGAUACCUCCUUCUACUGGAGUAACGCAGAGAGCAGAUCCGCCCAUUUCAAGGACAGCAUCAUACACAUUCUACAAAGACAGCCGACUCAAGGAGGCCACGUAUGAGGGCCGAUGGGUCUCAGGGAAACCCCAUGGACAGGGUGUGGUCAAAUGGCCCGAUGGACGAAUGUAUACAGGGACAUUCAAGAACGGCCUUGAAGAUGGUUUUGGAGAGUACAUUGUGCCUAACAAAAACCUGAACAGCUGUGAUCAUUACCAAGGGCAGUGGAAGGAUGGCAAGAUGCACGGCUUUGGAACAUUGAGAUACGCCUCUGGGGAAAUAUACGAGGGCUCGUUUCUAGAUAACAUGCGUCAUGGUCACGGGAUGCUGCGGAGCGGGAAGCUGAACUCCACUUCCCCCAGUGUCUUCAUCGGCCAGUGGCAGUAUGACAAAAAAUCCGGCUAUGGAGUUUUUGAUGACAUCACCAGAGGGGAGAAGUACAUGGGCAUGUGGCAGGAUGAUCAGCGUCAGGGAAACGGAGUUGUUGUUACUCAGUUUGGUCUGUACUAUGAAGGUGCAUUCAACAACAACAAAAUGAUGGGAACGGGGGUGUUACUCUCUGAAGAUGACACUGCAUUCGAAGGGGAGUUUUCAGAAGACUGGACACUAAAUGGAAAGGGCGUGUUGACCAUGCCGAAUGGAGACUACAUUGAAGGCUCUUUUAGUGGGGUUUGGGGAACCGGAAUAAAGAUGUCAGGUUCCUACUACAAACCCAGCCUCUACGACUCAGACAAGGAGAAGACUCAUGCACUUAAACUGGGCAGGUUAGCAGUUCACUCUGAAGAGAAGUGGAAGGCUGUGUUUGUGGAGUGCUGGAACAGGCUAGGUUGUGAUUCUCCCGGACAGGGACAAACCACUACAGCGUGGGACAACAUCACCAUAGAGCUCACUGUGAACAGGAGACAGGAGAGAGACAGUCCAGAGUUGCUGAGUCGCUCUCAUCACAAAACGCUGGAGAGUCUCGAGUUCAUUCCUCAGCUUGUUGGCCCUGUGACGUUAGAGGUGUAUCACACAAUCCGUCUGUACCUUGUCAAGGCAUGUGAUACCCCACUGCAUCCUCUGGGUCGGCUGGUGGAGACACUGGUUUCGGUGUACCGUAUGACAUAUGUUGGUGUCGGGGCCAACCGUAGAUUACUGCCCCAAGCUGUCAAUGAGAUCAAGUCCUAUCUCAGCCGCAUCUUCCAGCUUGUCAGAUUCCUCUUUCCUGAACUGCCAGAAGAAGGAUGCUCACUGGCCGACCCUCCAAAAGAGAAAGGCGGUUCAGAUCCUGCUGGGAAGCAGCUGGGGUCUCCUAAAUCUGGGUGUGUGGUCAGUGGCUCUGCUCUCCUCCUGCCGGUGCUGUUGGCCCGUCUCUAUCCUCCUCUCUUCACUCUCUAUGCUCUAGAGAAAGAGAAGGAGGAUGAUAUGUACUGGGAGUGUGUGCUCCGACUCAACAAACAACCAGACCUGGCGCUGCUCGCCUUCCUCGGGGUGCCACAGAAAUUCUGGCCUGUGACUGCCUCAGUACAUGGAGAAAAACAGCAGGUUCUCUCGAGCACUAAGGAUGCCUGUUUUGCCUCAGCCGUUGAGACUUUACAGCAAAUAAGCACAACUUUCACCCCCUCAGACAAGCUUCAGGUCAUCCAACUGACCUUCGAGGAGAUUACCCAGGAAGUACUCGCACUUCUGAAACAGGAUUUCUUGUGGUCUAUGGAUGACCUGUUUCCUGUCUUCCUCUUUGUUGUUCUGCGUGCACGGAUAAGGAAUCUGGGGUCAGAGGUCAGCCUCAUCGAGGACCUAAUGGAUCCAUGUAUACAACAUGGGGAGCAUGGCAUCAUGUUCACGACACUCAAGGCAUGCUACUAUCAAAUCCAGCAUGAGAAGAUCACGUAAUCAACACAAUCUCUCCAAACCAUCUGGUAAGGCAGUGGAAUGACUGACAAACAGACCAGCCAAUCAAAGUGUUCAAGACACAAAGUGGGAGGAGCCAAUCAUGUUCAAAGCCUGGAUCACAUGGCUGAGGAGGAUGAUUUCUUUGGAAUCGGAGCUCUCACACUAAAACUUUAUGUGCAAAUCCGUCUUUGGUUUUGCAAUUAUUAACAUUUAUUCUUUACAUUUUUGCAUCUUUCUCACUCAGAAAGCCAUUAUAGAGGCUUUUAACUGCUGCCAUUUCAUAAUGUUAAAGAUAUUUAUGUAUUCCAGCUCAGUGUACUUUUAUUAAAGGGCCAAUGCUUUGUUGGCUCAGAAUUAAUGACAUUCAAGAGCAGCAUGUCAUGAUCACCUUUCCCUCCAAGCACACACUGGUCGAUCCAGUGUCAACUGUCAACUGAUGAUGUAUGAAGUUCAUAAGUGUACUGUAAGACUUCUGAAAUAAUGGUCAUCUACCUCUGUCUUUGAAGUAAACUGCUAUAUUAAUUUUCCUGAUCGUAUUAUAUCAUUCAGUGCAAACAGCAAACUGCAUUGGACCUAAAUCAUGAAUCUGUUCACAUAAAUCAAAAAAAAAAAAAAAGUGCGCCUUAAUAAUGAAUGUGCAAGAAAAAUCACAAAAUACAGACUUUAACUUUUAAUGCUGACUUCUGAUCCAUUUGGAGCUUUCAGAACCAACUGCGCAGGGUCGGUGACCUGCUUCUUUAUGUGCAAGUCAUUGUUCACAAGCUCUUUGUCCAGCCAAAUUGAAUUUAGGAUUGAAAUGGUUGACACUAAGCCGAGGUCAACACAUUUUUUGUUCUUUCUCUAUGCACUCGCACAACAGUUUUGUUUUACAGCACUCUUCUUUCUGGGAAGUAUUUUUGUGGUCAGUUUACUGAAAUUGUUCAAGUCGUUAUUUGAGAAAAUGGUUGGAAAUAGUUUCAGCUCUCCUCUAUAUAUUUGAGUAUCCGUCUGCAAUGUUUGAGUUUUUUAGUGAAUGUCACUGGCACACUGGAAGAAGACGUUGAAGAUCUUGCUCUGUGAAUAACCACAACACUCAAGAUUUGCAUGCUGAGCUUAAGAUGUAUUUUCUGCAUUUGGCUGUUUUGGCAGUUAUUGCAGAAAGGUCACUCGACAUACGCAAGCACUGUGGUAUCCAAUGUUAAAAUCAGUUCUUUUUUGUGAAGUAUUCUGAAAAGUGCCUCUGACAGUGUUAUGGACUUGUGCCAUUACAUCUCUGUACCCAGCAAUAGCUUCGAGUUGAGUCUCACGUUUAAAAGCUCAGCCGCCUAAUACAUUAUUUCUUUUAUUGACAUUGUUUUAUUUAUUUGAUGGUUAGAUCUGGCUAAAGCACAGAUAAUCUGAGCGAUGUAGAUAAUCUGCAGAGUAUUUCACGUUCAGAGCACCAGAAGGAUGGUGGGUUUGAAUUAAAUGGUCACAAAACCCAUUUCCAAGGAUCAGAGAUCAGGAUUUUGAUGCUUGCGUGUGAUUGUAUGUUACUAAAUGUAAUCGUGAAAACUGUAAUGACGAAGGACUGUUGACGUUUACAACCAUUAACACUCGAGGUGUUGCAUGAAUACCAUAGUUCAUGUUGUACUUUGGGUUCAGGAAGGUAUGGUUUGUACUUCCACUUCAGUUUUUCCAUGCUGAGCCAAGGUGUGCAUAUUAACCAGUGUAUGAAUGUAUGUAUGUGUGUGCAAGUAUGUAUGAAGUUUCUGUCAUUUUUGAAGAAAACUGUUUGUUCCAAUUGUUUACUGAUUUGUAAUUCAGCUGGAUGGCAAUAAACAAUGAUUGGGAAUUGAAA